GGAGGGCGGGGCGAGCGGGCGGCAGAGUUCGAGCUCGGGGCGCGCUAUGGCCGAGGCGGACGCGGCGAUGAUGGGCGCCGGCGAUGCCCAGGCCCAGACCCAGAGGCAGGCGCAGGCCCAGAGGCAGGGCGGCCCGACUGCGCCCGGGCGGGGGACAUCGGCGAGGUCCAUGGACCAAGUCAGUCAGCAGAUCAUGCAUACAGGGGAAACACUUUUACGAGGAUUUAUCUUAGAUCGAGCAAAUAGAGGUGCAGAGGGCUGUGAGGUGCAUUUAACUGUGGCCGAGCUUGGUGUUCGAGAGGAUGAUCUUCAAAACCCUGAAUUGAAGAAACUUGCCGUGUGCCUGAGGCAGAUUGGGGACGAGCUCGACGGCAACGUAGAAUUGCAGAGGAUGAUCGACAGCAUUAGCACCCAGUGUCCAAAGGAGACGUUCAUCAAAGUGGCCAAGGAGCAGUUUGCUGAUGGAGUCAUCAACUGGGGGAGAGUGGUGACCCUCUUUUACUUUGCCUGCCGACUUGUUGUGAAGGCUCUAUGCCAGAAGAUCCCAGAGAUGAUCCAAACUAUAAUCAGUUGGACUAUGGAAUACAUCCAGGAGAAUAUUCUACGUUGGAUUCGAGACCUUGGGGGUUGGGAGGCCCUGCUGGGCACCCCAACCUGGCAAACCGUUGCCAUCUUCUGCCUGGGAGUCUUCACCACACUAGCGAUCGUGAAAUGGAAGUCCUCCUAAAGCAGCGCGCGGAGCCCGGGGGAGUGGCGGAGGCAGGUGUGCCGCCAGCGCGGGUGACCGCUGCUCAAGGGUGACUUCAAACUGGCACAGACCGUUGGCGAGGAUGUGUGUGGCAGACUGCAGCAGCGAUUUGGGUUUGUUUCUUGUCACCACUUGGGGGGGGGGAAAUGCCCCUCACUUGCCUUUGUUGUUUCUGGAAACCCUCUGAUGAGGCUCAAUGCUGUUCCUCCAAGGACCAACCCACUGUGGAGCCAGCAGUGUUUUAGUGCAGAGUUGCGGGUGUGUCAGUAUUUUGACUAUCUGUACUGCACUUGCUUUAGCUGUGGUGGGUGGGUUGAUUAAGGGGCAGGGGGGUGGUUGAGUGCAAUUGUUAGCAGAAUGUGUUGUUUUACAGCUAGCAGCUCGCCAACAUCCUGCAGCCACUUGUCAUUU